AUGCGCUCUGCCCGGUACGUUGUCCUCCUUGGAGGCGCCGCCUGCGUCACGGCCGACAUUGUCAGCACCGAGGUCCACUGUGUCACGGCGAUUGGGCCAAGCCCAGUCUCCGCCGUGGCGACUGUCUCGUCGACGACGACGCUGACGCUCGGUGACGCCACGACAACAACGGCGGUGACGGACACCAUCACGACGGCGCCGACCACCGAGACUGUGACAGAGACGGAGCAGGUCACCGUGACCCAGACCGAGGACACGGUCACCAGCACCUACACCUCGACGAGCACCGAGACGGAGACGAGCACCGAGACUGUCGUGCAGACCGAGACUCUGACAGAAUCUGUCACCGAGACGACGACGACGACAUCGACCAGCACAGUGCCUGCGCCAACCAGCUUCCUGCCCAUCGCCGAUACCCUGGCGGGCUACCCUGCGCAGAAGAGGCGCCACGUCGGCCACCCGCGCUGCAAGCCCAAAGUGUCCACCACCAGCAGCACGGCUGCGCCAUAUCAGACGACCAGCACGUCGUCCGAGGACUGUGGUGUCCAGCCAGUCCCCUCCCAGUACCCCCAGAGCGUGCAGUGCACCGAGACCGUGACGGAGCAGCAGACCCUCACCGAGACCACGACGAGCAGCACCACUGUCACGCCCGCUCCCGUCACCGCCACGUCCACAGAGACCAUCACCAGCACCUCGACUGAGGUGCCCCAGGCUGAGGUCACCGAGACCCUCACUGAGACGACCACCAGCACCGUCACCACCACCUCGACCCAGUCCACCACAGUCACCGAGACCCAAACCGAGACGGCUACCGCCUCAGCCGUCGCCUACGCUGCCUGCGCCGCCAACAACCUCCUCUCCAGCUAUCAGGGAAUGUCCAUCGUCAACGCCUACAACAACAACAACGGUAACGUCGGCGGCGGCAGCAUCUACGACAACGCCCAAGCCGCCUCCGCCUAUGACUGCUGCGUCCUGUGCCUGAACACGUCCGGCUGCACCGGCACUGCCUUUCUCGCUCCCAGCCGCUGUGUGCUGCUGCGUAACUCCGCCCGCACCUGCAACGGCCAGAGCAGCAACCCGGCCGUCUUCAUCACCGGCAACGGUGCUGGUUACACCCUGUCCAACAGUGCUUGUGGUUACUUCAAGGCCCCUCCGGCAUAAAUCUGGCACCCAGGUUAUUCCAACACACUCUGCUAGCGCCGCCAGCAUCCACGGGGCGGUCUGAUGCGCGGUUUCACACAGGAUAAACUGCCUGCGUGGCUAUAUUUCCGACGUGCUCCGUCAAAACAUCAGGAGGCAAGCGGGUUCAGCCCCAGUAGGACCCGGAUAGUGCGCGUGGGC